AAUCCCAUUUUUUGGCAUCAUUUUUUCUUCGUCUUCAUCGUUGUUUAUUGAAUCUGCAGUUUUAAUUUUUUUUUCAUUAUUCGAAUAAAAUUUUCAUUGAAAAAAUUUUUUUUAUAUUACAAAAUGGCAACCACAAUCCAAAGUGUUAAUGUUCCUGAAAAAUUGAAACCAACUGAACAAAAACCAAAAUAUAAAAUUGCUGAUAUUAAAUUAGCCGAUUUUGGUCGUAAAGAGAUUAUGUUGGCCGAAUAUGAAAUGCCCGGUUUGAUGGCAUUACGUGAAAAAUAUGGUUCAACAAAACCAUUGAAAGGUGCUCGUAUUGCUGGCUGUCUUCAUAUGACCAUUCAGACUGCAGUUUUGAUUGAAACAUUAAUGGAAUUGGGUGCCGAAGUUCAAUGGAGCAGUUGUAAUAUUUAUUCUACUCAAGAUCAUGCUGCUGCUGCUAUUGCUGCUCGUGGUAUUCCCGUUUACGCUUGGAAAGGUGAAACCGAUGCCGAAUAUGUUUGGUGUAUUGAACAAACUUUGAUUUUUCCCGAUGGAAAACCUUUGAAUAUGAUACUCGAUGAUGGUGGAGAUUUAACCGCUCUUGUUCAUCAAAAGUAUCCCGAACUUUUGCCUGGUAUUCGUGGCAUUUCUGAAGAAACAACUACAGGUGUUCAUAAUCUAUAUCGAAUGAUGAAGAAUGGUGAUCUCAAAGUUCCCUCAUUCAAUGUCAAUGAUUCCGUUACGAAAUCUAAAUUCGAUAAUCUUUAUGGCUGUCGAGAAUCAUUGGUAGAUGGUAUAAAACGUGCUACCGAUAUUAUGUUGGCUGGUAAAGUUGCCGUUGUUGCUGGUUUUGGUGAUGUUGGUAAAGGAUCGGCACGAAGUUUACUUGGAUUUGGUUGCAAAGUUAUCAUUACUGAAAUUGAUCCAAUCAAUGCAUUGCAAGCUGCUAUGGAAGGCUAUGAAGUAACUGUAUUGGAAGAAACAUUAUCAAGAGCUUCGAUUUUUGUUACCACUACUGGCUGUAAAGAUAUUAUUCGUGGUGAACAUUUUAUGAACAUGAAAGAUAAUUCUAUUGUUUGUAAUAUUGGUCAUUUUGAUUGUGAAAUCGAUGUCAAAUGGUUGGAUGAUAAUGCCAUUGAAAAGGUCAAUAUAAAACCACAAGUAGAUCGAUAUAAAUUAUCGAAUGGUCGUCAUAUCAUAUUAUUGGCUGCAGGACGUUUAGUCAAUCUUGGUUGUGCUACUGGACAUCCAAGUUUUGUUAUGAGUAAUUCAUUUACUAAUCAAGUUUUGGCACAAAUAGAAUUGUUUAACAAAAAAUAUGAUCAAGGCAUAUAUACAUUGCCAAAAAUUUUGGAUGAAGAAGUUGCCGCUUUACAUUUACCACAUUUGGGUGUUAAACUAACAAAAUUGACUGAUGACCAGGCCAAUUAUUUGGGUAUCAACAAAAAUGGUCCAUUUAAACCUGAACAUUACCGUUAUUAAUUUUUUUUCAAAAAAAAAAAUUUUUAUCACAA